AGUGGCUCUGACUAGCUCAGCUAGCUUAGAUGGCUAAAAAUCCUUUUAGUGCAAAAAUGGCGUCGGUCAACCCGUUCAACCUCAGUGAUUCUGAGGAGGAGGCUGAUCGGCGACCCAAUGAAACGGUUGACACGCAGAAAAGUCCCAGCGACGGGGCACCCGGGCCGUCGCCAGGUAAUCCUUUCUCUCCACCUGCUGACACCGAGCCCCGGACACUUCUGCUGUCUAGCAACCGCACGAGCCCCAGCGGUGAGGGCUCGGGCUCGGGCUCGGGCUCGACCGCGGCCACCUCCGCUAUGGCAGCCACCGCCGAGACACGGAUAUCUGUGGACGGUAUCGCCGCUCAGCUAAUACGGGACCAGUACAUCCUUACGGCCCUGGAGUUUCACACGGAGCUCUUGGAAGCGGGCAGGGAGCUUCCGAGGCUGCGGGAUUAUUUCUCCAACCCUGGCAACUUCGAGCGUCAGAGCGGCACUCCGCCUGCCAAAGAUCAGGUACUCGGACCCGGAGGACCAAUGCAUCGAGCCGGCAGCAUCAGCACCUUGGACUCGCUGGACUUCGCCCGUUACUCGGACGACGGCAACCGCGAGUCGGACGAGCGAGUGGCAGUGCUGGAGUUUGAGCUACGGAAGGCAAAGGAGACCAUUCAGGCUCUGCGCGCCAACUUGACUCAGGCAGCAGAGAGCGAAGGUCCCUCUCAGGAGAGAAAAAACUUCAAGUCAAGUCCUGAGAUUCAGGAGCCCAUACGCCCGCUGGAGAAAAGAGCUUUGAACUUCCUUGUAAACGAGUAUUUAUUAAAAAACGAAUGCAAGCUCUCGUCCAUCACCUUCUCUGAUGAAAAUGAUGAUCAGGACUUUGAGCUGUGGGAUGAUGUCGGCCUCAACACCCCGAAACCCCCCGACCUGUUAAUGCUGUACAGAAACUGUGGAGCCCCUCUCCCUUCUCCUCAGGACAUGGUUAACGUGUCCGUAGGGGUGGAGUUUGCUGAUCUUCCGGGAAACUGCACGGCCCAAGAGCCCCCCAAGAAGCUUGACCUCUCGCAUCAGCAGCAGAAAGAAGUCAUCCAAGAGUUGGAAUACCAGAUAAGUCUCCUCAACAAUGAGAAGCAGAGCCUGGCUGAGCAGAUGAAGAAACUGCAGAGUGAGAUUCAGACCCUGAAGCGGACCGUGUCCUCUCCACUUCCAGCCACUCUGGACAUGGGCUCCCACCAUACAUCCAACACCGCCGCCUCCUCCUCAUCCAUCACCACCACCACCUCCAACACAACUUCCUCCUCCAACCCCCUCUCUGUGUCUUCUACCGAUAACAACCAGUAUCUGGACAUCCGGGGGGUUUCAGAGCCUGAAACCGUUACACACCCACAGUCCCUUAAUACGCUGAAGAGUCGGCCUCCUGUCCAGUUUGCUCAACCUAACCGAAAGCUGUCCCCGGCCUUCCAGCAAGCCCUGCUGUCCUUCUGCCGAACGUGCUCCGACAGCCGCCUGGGAGCAGAGGUGUCUCGUAUAGCAGACAGCGAGGAGAGUGUGUUGUUGAUGCUGGGCCGCUGCCUCCCUCACAUCGUCCCGAAUGUGCUUCUUGCUAAACGAGAGAGAAUGGUUGCACAUCUUUGCCAGGAGUUGAUCCCACUCAUCCUGUGUACCGCCUGCCUUCACCCGGAGCCUAAAGAGAGGGACCAGCUCCUCCACAUCCUCUUCAACCUAAUCAAGAGACCCGAUGAUGAGCAGAGACAAAUGAUCUUGACGGGGUGUGUCGCGUUCGCGAGGCACGUGGGUCCCACGCGCGUCGAGGCCGAGCUACUUCCUCAGUGCUGGGAACAGAUUAACCACAAAUAUCCAGAGAGGAGAUUGUUAGUGGCAGAGUCCUGUGGAGCCUUAGCACCGUACCUGCCUAAAGAGAUCCGUAGCUCCUUGGUGUUGUCCAUGCUGCAGCAGAUGCUCGCUGAGGAUAAGGCUGACAUGGUCAGAGAGGCUGUGAUCAAGAGUCUGGGUAUCAUCAUGGGCUACAUAGAUGAUUCUGACAAGUACUCCCAGGGUUUUGAGCUGAUGCUGCUGUCACUCGGGGACCCAUCAGAGAGGGUGGUCGGUGCAGUCCACCAAGUCUUCAUUCCUGCCUUUGCUGCCUGGACAACGGAGCUGGGCACCCUGCAAUCCUCCCUCAUCCCCUCGCUGUUGGCCCGUAUAGAGAAGCUACUUAUGCAAGGAGAACAUGUUCUGGAUGAACACAAGUUACACAUGUUCCUGUCGGGCCUGCAGUCUCUCAUCCCGCCGCUGUUUGCUGUGGUGCUGCAGAACGCACCCUUCACCAGCAGGGCCAAACUCAACGGAGAGAUACCUACAAUAGAGGUGACCCGGUUCCCGAGGCCAGCAUCUCCCCUCCAGGACGUGGCGACCAUCAUCGGCAGCAGAGAGAUGCUGAGUGCCCUGCUGCUACUCUACGACUACCAGCUGGAGCACGAAGGAACCACUGGCUGGGACAGCCUGCUCUGGGUGGUCAACCAACUCCUUCCGCAGCUCAUAGAGAUUGUUGGUCGCAUCAACGUGACGUCAUCGACCUGCGUGCAUGAGUUCUCUCGCUUCUUCUGGAGGCUCUGUCGCACCUUCGGCAAGAUUUUUACCAACACUAAGGUUAAACCACAGUUCCAAGAGAUCCUGCGAUUAUCUGAAGAGAAUGUUGAUACUUCAACCGGGAAUGAUAUUCUCACCAAAGCUACAGUGCCCAUCUAUGCCACUGGAGUGCUGACUUGUUAUAACCAGGACGAGGAUCGCAAGUUGUUGGUGGGUUUCCUGGAGGAUGUCAUGACAACCCUGUCUCUGUCCCAUGCGCCUCUUGACAGCCUGAAGGCCGCCUUUGUAGAGCUGGGCGCCAACCCAGUGUACCACGAGUUGCUGCUCACUGUGCUGUGGUACGGGGUGGUCCAUACCUCUGCACUGGUCCGCUGUACUGCAGCACGGAUGUUUGAGCUGCUGGUGAAGGGGGUGAAUGAGACGCUGGUAGCUCAGAGAGUGGUGCCGGCUCUCAUCACACUGUCCUCCGACCCUGAAAUCUCAGUGAGGAUAUCUACUAUACCUGCCUUUGGUACCAUCAUGGAGACCGUCACACAAAAAGAGCUGCUGGAGCGUGUAAAAAUGCAGCUGGCGUCAUUCCUGGAAGACCCGCAGUACCAAGAUCAGCACUCUCUGCACAUGGAGAUCAUCAGGACGUUUGGAAGAGUCGGACCGAAUGCCGAGCCGCGCUUCAGAGAUGAGUUCGUGUUGCCACAUCUUCACAAGCUGGCGCUGGCCAACAACAGCCAGGCGGUGGAGAGCAAGAGGAUCGACAUUGCCACCCAGCUGUUCGAGGCCUACAGCGCCCUCUCCUGCUGCUUCAUUUCUGAGGAGGUGAUGGUCAACCACUUCCUGCCUGGACUCAGGUGUCUCCGCGCCGACAUGGAGCAGCUCUCUCCUGAGCACGAGGUUAUUCUGAGUUCCAUGAUCAAGGAGUGUGAAAUCAAGGUGGAAAACAGAGGAAUGGCUGACGCACAAGGCUCCAUGUCCAUCGCCUCCAGCCUGGUGGGUGAAGAUGCCAAGACCAAGUUCCUAAGCAAGAUGGGCCAGCUGACCACCUCUGGUGCCAUGCUGGCAAACGUCUUCCAGAGAAAGAAGUGAUCGAUCACCGAUCGACGACUGCAACUAACUGACAAUCCCCUGCUGCUUUUUGGAGCAUUUCAUUCUACUGGAAAGAGCAUCGGUUCAGCUUAAAGUAGAACAUAACCAUGUGUGUAAUGUUUCUUCAGUUCCAAGAGAUGACGGUUUGAUGAAAGUUGUGUUAAAAUCUCCAUCGCAGCAGGACUCCAUGCUCUUUUAGUGUGAAAAGCAAUGUUUUCUUGCAGUGACGGCAGAGGUUUUCGCCUCCUAAAUGAUGACAAAAGCAUUGUCGGGGACAAGGGAUUUGCUUUUAUGAAUUGUCACAUUGUCAUUUUUGGAAAGAGGGGAGACGGAAGGAGACACUGAACAGUGUUGAGAUGCACCCAACAUGAUAACAAGGGGUUCGUUUCUGGAUAUCCCAGAAUCUAAUCUGAUUUCACUGCAGAACUUCUUGUAUCCUCUUCUGAUACAAGAAGUUCUGCAGUGAAAUCAGAUUACACUCGUUAUUAGGAAAUAAAACUCUGAGCACGGCCUGCUGGAUUUCAUGUAGAAUCUCAAAGAAACGAGCUGUAAGAGACGUGCAUCAACAUGCAUUUAUUCUAGAAUAUUUGUACUGAAAGACAACAAAACGUCUCUGUUAAGAAUGCCUUGUGCAGUGUUCUGUACCGUUCUCAGACGUAUUGCAUACUUGAAGCUAUGGAAAGAAAAUGUCUUGCCUUUAUUUCUUUAAAGUCUGUCACUGGUUAUUGUUUUGACAGUUUCUAUUUUAUAACUUAUUUAUGUCUUAUGAAAACUAUUCCAACUUCCAAAGAAAUUUGCACUUCACUUUCCUAUUUUCUAUUUCGUUCUUUGAUAUUGUUUAUACAGUACUAGUCAAAAGUAACACUUAAUGAGAAAGUGUGUCCAAACCUUUGACUAGUACUGUGUUAUAUAUAUAUAUAUAUAUAUAGCAUUUGUUUUAAUUCAGAGUCCCAUCACUACUGUUAACUGCUUUCUUUUUUGUUUAUCCUUUAAUCCAAGAACACUGGUCGUGAUCAUAGCCUCUCCUUUGCAUCUCGUCUCUUUUUUGCAGUGUCUCAGAUAAUUGUGGGUAUUUGGUUCAAUCUUUGUUCUUUUUUUUCCGAUAUGCUCAAUGAAAAAUGCUAAAUAACUAUCAUACACUGAACUGGCGGGGGGGUGGUACUCAUUGUGUAUAUUUGAAAUCGGUGUCAUGGUGUAAUAAAAGGUGGCGAUCCGUUGUGUACUUAAAUA